UGGUAUACUCUCUCCCGGUAGGCUCUGGCCCUCAGAGCUGGGUAAAUAGCUCUCGGUAAGGUUGCCUGGAAUGCGGGAUUAUUACGUACAGGAUCUUAGAACUAAUAACUCUAGUUAGACCUACCUGGAAUGCGUGAUUAUUACGUACAGGAUCUUAGAACUAAUAGUUCUAGUUAGACCUACCUGGAUUGCGUUAUUUAUACGUACAGGACCUUAGGACUAAUAGCUCUAGUUAGACCUACCUGGAAUGCGUGAUUAUUACGUACAGGAUCUUAGAACUAAUAGUUCUAGUUAGACCUACCUGGAAUGCGUUAUUUAUACGUACAGGACCUUAGGACUAAUAGCUCUAGUUAGACCUACCUGGAAUGCGUGAUUAUUACGUACAGGAUCUUAGAACUAAUAGUUCUAGUUAGACCUACCUGGAAUGCGUUAUUUAUACGUACAGGACCUUAGGACUAAUAGCUCUAGUUAGACCUUGGAAAGAUGAGAAAUAUGAAUUAAGGUUUUAGAUAAAAAUAUAACCCCAGCAUGAUAUGUUUCGUAUGAUUAUAAUGUGUUAAAAGGUAAAAACCCUGUAUUAGUUUGGACCUAUUUUUCUUCAAAUAAACUGAUCUCACCUGUUGGAUUGGGACAACUAAAAGAAAAUCUGUGCUCUCCUCUCCUGCUUCAAAGCCCUAUGGCUGUGCGAAAAGGAAAAACGUUAGCCGUCUCCAUCCAGGAGCACAUGGCCAUCGAUGUUUGCCCGGGCCCUAUACGCCCUAUCCGUCAAAUCUCUGCCUACUUCCCCCGCUUAUCGCCCACUUCCUCCUUCUCCGAGCCGCUCUCGCCCAAUCAGGUAGCAGCUCCCACAUCGCUCAGCCCGAGCAGCGCAGAAAAAGGUGGAGGAGCAGUGGGACGAGGGAGCAGCAGCCUGUUGUUACCAGGUGCGGCGGGCGGUGGGGGCUCGCUGUCAGCCAUGAGUAGCAUGGACACCUCCAUCGAGAUCGACAGCUGUGACAGCGAUGAUAACACCGCCUUGGGGACGUUGGAGUUUGAGCUUCUGUACGAGAGAGCCACCAGCUCCUUACACUGCACAGUCAUAAAAGCCAAGGGUCUGAAGCCGAUGGAUUUCAAUGGUUUGUCUGAUCCUUAUGUGAAGCUGCACCUGCUGCCGGGAGCCUGCAAGGCCAACAAAUUGAAAACCAAGACGGUGCGCAACACGCUGAACCCGGUGUGGAACGAGACCCUCACCUACUGUGGAAUCACCGAGGAAGAUAUGUACCGCAAAACUCUCCGGGUGUCGGUGUGCGACGAAGACAAGCUGACACAUAAUGAGUUCAUCGGGGAGUCGCGGGUGGCCCUGCGUCGCGUGAAGCUGGACCAGACCAAACGCUUUAACAUCUGUCUGGAGCAUCCACCUCCUCUGCCUUCACCGACGGCGAUGAGCACGGCCCUUAGAGGAAUCUCCUGCUACCUGAGAGAGUGGGAGACUGAGCAGAUGAGAAGUCUAGAGGAGAGAGGCCGUUUGCUGCUCUGCCUGCAGUACUUCCCCCCCUCCAGUGAUGGCGAUGUGAAGGGUGAGGCCAAGGAGAGGGCUCGUGGCGGGUUGUGUGUCGGCGUCAAGCGCUGCGCCCACCUGGCAGCCAUGGACGUCAACGGCUUCUCAGACCCCUACGUUAAAACGUACCUCAAGCCAGACGUUCAGAAGAAAUCCAAGCACAAAACAGCGGUCAUAAAGAAGACUCUCAACCCGGAGUUUAAUGAGGAGUUCUUCUAUGAAAUCACCUUCUCAGAGUUAGCCACUAAGACGCUGGAGGUCACAGUGUGGGACUACGACCUAGGGAAGUCCAACGAUUUCAUAGGCGGCGUGUCUUUAGGGUGUCACUCGCAGGGCGAUCCUCUGCAGCACUGGAUAGACUGUCUGAAGAACAAGGGCACGAAAGUGGAGCGCUGGCACACGCUGACCAACGAGCUGCCUGGAUCCACGCUGCAGGAAUGAACUGAUCCUCUUUCACUGACACCGGAGAGACUGCCUAAAGAGAGACGUUUCACCGCAUGCUCUGAGGAUGUUCUGCAUGCCUAUGAAGGAUUCACGUCCUGCUUACUGUGUGUCAAACGAAACAUGAGAUCAUCAUUCAUGACAACAUACCCAAGGGAGGUCACACUCAGAGAUCAAUACUGUAAUGGAAGACCUAAAUAGACCCAAUGCAAAUCUGAGAAGCCACUGCAAAGCUAACAUCAUGAGCAUUUCCCUAAUCAUAUUCAUAGAGCUCCGUGUCCCUUUUGUGGAUUUAAUGUCAAUCGUAAUGCUUCAAUUAACUAGAAAAAUUGAAAUCGUGCAAGAAAAUAUAAUGAAGGAGAAGGCUGAAUUAUUCUGCAUUAUUCUUGCUCUUAUUACAUUCGGCUUGUUAUUUUCAUUCACUCACAGCGCACAUACCUCUCCCUCGCAAUAAUGGUUUGCCAAAUGCUUCCGAAAGACCUCCAAGGUGGUCUUAAUACUGUCUGACACUUUGUAUCAAUCGAUUAUGAUUGCCAUUGGAUUGCCUGCAGAAAACACGAGAGGCUGUUGGUUUCUUCCAUGUUUGAUGGUUUUGUGUCAGUGAUUUGCAUGUUUGGUGUUGAUGGAGCAAACUAAAAGUCAAAUAUGUGCCAGGCUCUGCUGCAGGACGUUCAUCAUUGUGUUGCUCCCAAUUCUCCUGAGGUGUGUUGCUCUGAUUAACUAAAGAGUUGUUUUUCAUUAAAUUCAAGGGUAACCGAUUGUGUUCUAUGCUGUUCAGUUGUUUAAUGUGUCAGCUCUAAUAUCAGAGUUUCUUGUUGGUGACACGUUGAUGUUGACCUAGAUUUGCUUCACAGUCUGUAAUUUGAGGAGAAGAGUGUUGUAAUUAACAGGAACAUUGCAGAGCUGAUUGGUUUUAUGGAGAGCUGUGCAUGGUCAUACUCUGACACACCGUCGAUACAAAUGUCAGCUUCUGUUUGAUAUCUAAAUUACAAAUAUGAAUGGUGUUUAGAGCACAGUGUCGUCUGAUGAUAUCUCUCCAUGACUGCUGCUUUACUAGAGAGCAGGACUUUAUCUGGGUCUCAUGUGGUUACAGAGGCAUGCUGAUAUUACCAGUGGUGUUCAUAUGUAAAUAUAAACUGUGAUUCACUUGCUUUGGAUGUUUGUCUUUUGGAACUUGAAGUGCGCAUGAUUGUUUCUUCUUUUUUUCAUAAAAAUGUUCAUAUUGACUUUA